AUGCCUAGUUUAUCGGUUGCUGAUCUGGCAGGCAUUGUGCUCAAGAGGAGGAGCUUGCUCAAAGACGAGGUCACUUGGGAUCAGACUCUCAGGACGCAACACUUUGCUGUACCGUGUGGGAUGGCGGCGAUAGAGGUUGAAAGCAGCCUGCUUGGCAUGCAAGCCGACGACAGAGUCAGAGGGGACAAAGCGAAUGUCGUGCAUCAAGCGCGGUGCAUUGAAGAAAAGAAUAGGGCGAGCUUGCCACGGCGUCUUAAAGUGGCGGUGGAUAAUCACAGAACCUUGACGACGUGCAUGGACGUCGCUCUUUGCCUGAUGCUCUUGCGUUGUUCCAUCUACACAGCGCAACUCGACUCGGGCGAGCCCUCCAUCAGCGUCAGUGUAGAAGCGCUUCUAACAAGCCAAGUACACUCGACAUACAUCCGCAAGACACACAAGCAAGCAAACACAUUUGAGUUGCUGACCCGUGAGAGGUUGUCACUUGCUCUCUGGUUUAUAGCAACCGCUGAUGGCGCCUGCGCAUACAAUCUCUUUGUCCCUUCGUCCCUUGCUGAGCAGCCAAACAAGGCAGGAGCGGAGCGUGUGCGUGUGCGUGUGCGUUUGCGAAUUAUGGCAGGUGUUGGUCUCGCCUAG